AUGGCCGACGACGACAGCGGGAGCCCCCGGGGCGGCGGCGGGGUCAGGGAGCAGGACCGCUUCCUCCCCAUCGCCAACAUCAGCCGCAUCAUGAAGAAGGCCGUGCCGGCCAACGGCAAGAUCGCCAAGGACGCCAAGGAGACCCUGCAGGAGUGCGUCUCCGAGUUCAUCUCCUUCGUCACCAGCGAGGCCAGCGACAAGUGCCAGAAGGAGAAGCGCAAGACCAUCAACGGGGACGAUCUGCUCUGGGCCAUGGCCACGCUCGGAUUCGAGGAAUGGAGGUAUGUGAUCUUGUAA